CCACGUCACCCUCACCCAGCGCUGACUUCAGGGCUGCUCAGCAGGCUCAGCCUGGGGCUCUCCAGGGGAUAAACCCCAACUUUUGGCCUGGGGCAGGGAGAGGAAGGCCUGGGGUGGAGGGAGAGAGAAAAAACACACCUUGGGGGAAAAGUAAGCAAAGAGGACGUUCAGCUUGAGCGCCUGGCAGGAAAAAGACACUCACAGCCACGGAAGAGGAGAGGCUGAACUUUCCUCUGCCAGAAGAGAGGGCUCCGUACUCGGUGGGAAAAGAAAAGCUGAGCCGGAGGAGAGCGUUUGCUCUGCUGAGGCUCAGGGCAGGAAAAGCCUCUCUGCCCUGGUCCUCCCUGCUGACAGAAAGCACUCACUCCCUUUGUCCCAGAGGAGCUCCCCCGGCACCAUGAACGUCUUCCGCAUCCUGGGGGACAUCUCCCACUUGCUGGCCAUCAUCAUCCUCCUGCUGAAGAUCUUCAAGUCCAAGUCCUGUGCCGGUAUCUCUGGGAAGAGCCAGAUUCUUUUUGCCCUCGUCUUCACAACCCGCUAUCUGGACCUGUUCACGACCUUCAUCUCUGUCUAUAACACCGUGAUGAAGGUCGUUUUUUUGCUGUGUGCCUAUGUCACCGUGUACAUGAUCUACGUGAAAUUCCGGAAGACGUUCGACAGCGAAAACGACUCCUUUCGCCUGGAGUUCCUGCUGGUCCCUGUCACAGGCCUGUCCUUUCUGGAGAACCACAGCUUCACUCCCUUGGAGAUACUCUGGACCUUCUCCAUCUACCUGGAGUCCGUGGCUAUCCUUCCUCAGCUCUUCAUGAUCAGCAAGACGGGGGAAGCAGAGACCAUCACGACUCACUACCUUUUCUUCCUGGGCCUCUACCGCGCUCUCUACAUCGGCAACUGGAUCUGGCGCUACCACACCGAGAAUUUCUACGACCAGAUCGCCGUAGUUUCGGGGGUGGUCCAAACCAUCUUCUACUGUGACUUCUUCUAUCUCUACGUUACCAAAGUCCUAAAAGGAAAGAAGCUAAGUCUCCCCUUGCCUGUUUGAAGACAUUUCGACAGAGAAUGUAAGAAAUCCUGAAGAUGAAGCUCUUAAGAUGACAGCUUUCCUUUCCAGGCCCUUUUUUGAGUAGCGGAGGGCUUGCUCGAGUUUCACUCCAGCGCCAGGAAGACCACGAGGCCUGGAAAGCUUUUCAUUCUAUGAGACUUUCCCUCAAUCGUUGUUUUUUUUAAAGAAAUUUCUCCUUACUUGAAUUUGGUGCUAGUAAGUAGCACUGGCCAAUACUCAAGUAGCGCGAGUUCUUCUCUCCCGGCUCUUCCCAGCAUCUACCUUCAAAACACGCCUCUACCUUGACCCCGAGGCAGCACAAGGUGUUCGAGGGGAACUGUCCCUAUCCUUAGUCCUUUGGUCCUUUAGCAAGUGCCUAUGGAAAAGGGAACAUGGUAUCAAUCCCCAAAAAACACCUCUCCAGAGGCCACUGACCCAUUUUGCACAGGCUGACUCCGAUGUAGCAUACGAUACAAAUUUACUCCUAACUCUGGAUGAACUAACAUCCUCCUCAAAGUUGCCUCUGCUCAACUCUCCUUCCAGUCCUAGUGUUCAGGAAAAGCCACACUCCCUUUUAAUGACACAAACCUUCCAGUUUCACAGGUAUUCAAACAUCCUCCUCCCCUCACUCACUCUCACUGGCAGUUCCUCCUACCCUACAGACAGGGUCUGUUUCCAUUAAAAAUGCCCACAGGUGUUUCCAACUCCUUGUAUUCAACCUUUUUCUUAGGAACUGGGAAGAACAGGGGCAAAGACAGCUCUUGUACUCCAAAAAUAAAGACAAAGUUCACAAUUUAUUGACAA